AUGGAUAACGCACACCUGCAGCCGAACGGCCAAGAGAGCAACGUCGGGGUUGGGAAUCCGGGGACCGAGUUUCGACGAGACUCCCAUGAGGACUACUUCUCGACCCAUCUCCCGCCUCGCCCGGCCACGCCCGUGGCCCCGGAGAACCAUGCUCGACCUUCAUAUUCACACUCGCAUCAUCGGAAGCCUCGGAAGAUUGUGCUGUGCUUUGAUGGCACAGGCAACAAGUUCCACGGCGAUGACAGCGACAGCAAUAUCUUGAAGAUCUUCCGCAUGCUGGAUAGAACCGCCAGCGAGCAGUACCACUAUUACCAGCCCGGCAUUGGCACGUAUGUCGUCUCAACCAGUCUCACCAACACGGGGAGGGUUGCCAGGAUCAAGUCCUGGUACAUGAAAGCCAAAGAUUCGGCCGUCGGGUCAUCGUUUGACCAACAUGUCGUCGGCGGGUACCGCUUCCUGAUGCGCUUCUACAACCCUGGAGAUGAGAUCUACAUCUUUGGCUUCUCCCGGGGCGCCUACAUCGCUCGCUUCCUCGCCGAGAUGCUGGAUUACGUCGGCCUCCUAUCCCACGGCAACGAAGAAAUGGUUGUGUUUGCCUGGAAAGCCUUCUCCAACUGGCAAAGCCGUCAGGGCGCCCAGACCCCCGAAUCCCUCAAGAAGAAAAAGGAGAUGUACGCGUUCAUGAAAGGGUUCCGCGAGACCUUUUCUCGCCCAGUCCGCCGCAUCCGCUUCCUGGGUCUGUUUGAUACCGUCAACAGCGUGCCUCGCUUCGAGACGGCGUGGAUGGAGCGGAGCAAGUUCCCGUACACCGCCCGCACCUCAGCAAAGGUGGUACGCCACGCCGUCGCCAUUGACGAGCGCCGUGCCAAGUUCAGACAGGACCUCAUCUACCAAAGCAGUGCCCGCGGCCGGAAGCCAGAGAAACGCAAUCCCGUUCACCAGAGGCUUCAUGAGAUCAACGAGAAGUAUCUCAGGAAAGGCAGCGUUGUGCCGGAGAAGCCGGGGGAUGGUAGAGGUCGCCGCCGGAAGGCGAAAUUGGACGUCCCUGACGACCCCGCCCCUUACCGUGCUCGCUCGCAUUCGGCACGGUCCCGGCGAACACGCAUGACGGAGAGCUCAAAUGUGGAUGCCAUCCUGCAUGACGGCAAGUCCGAGAUCUCGGUCGCCCCUCACCCUCACGAUGAGGAUCCCGAUGUCGAGUCGGAUACGGAGUCAGAGGAAGCAGAUCAGGACAUCGACGAGGUCUGGUUUGCGGGCGGCCACGCCGAUAUCGGUGGCGGGUGGGAGCUCCUCCCCGAGUCGAAAUCCGCAAGCCACGUCCCUCUGGUCUGGAUGGUCCACGAGGCGAUGAAGGCCGGUCUGAAUUUCGAUCUCGACAAAGUCCGAGAGCUGGGUUGCAUGGAGGCCCUAGACGACUUGUGCAUGACAUCGGCAGACCCCCAGCAGGGUGGUGAAGCACCUGCGGGACAACCUCCCAUCCCUGACAUCAUGGUCCGUAGCCCGAGCACCGCGACGCCCAAAAUCUUCCAACGGUCCGGUUUCAACCAAGAGGCCAAUACGAGCACCUCGAGUAGCAGCAGCUCUGACGAGUCCUCGGCGAGCCAACCAACCUUCAAGGAGAUGAUGCACAAGGCCCACACUGCCCUGAUCCACGACUCACUGGAGUUCGGGGGCGGACUCAGCUGGUCGGCGGUCGCAGCCUGGAAGGUCAUGGAGUACCUCCCAUUCCGCCGCAUGGACCUUCAGCCCGACGGUUCGUGGAAGCCCAUCAGCUGGCCGCUGCCGCGCGGCGAGGUGCGCGACAUCCCCCACAACGCGCGCAUCCACGGCAGCGUGAUUCGCCGCCUGCAGGUCGACAAGAAUUACAGACCAGGCAACCUCAUCGUGGGCGGCGGCGGGAGGGGCGUCAAGAGAGCGCCGGACCAUCUGGGCAUUGGCGAGUGGGUGUGUGUGGAGAAGGAGGGGUGUCCGGUUGGCGAGGUUUGGGUGCGGAAGGAUGCGCUGGAGAAGCAGAAUGGGAAUGGCGUACACAAUGGAAACGGGGAGAAGCUCCAGUAG